AUUAUGGGAUAUCAAAGUCCUCCGGCGGCGCGGUGCCGCCAUGUCUCCAAGAGAGAAGCGGUUCAUAGCGCUUAUCUCUCUUGUGUUCUGUGCUAUCGCAAUAUUCUGUCUAGCUCUCUAUUAUAUUCCAACCUUUCUAUACAUAACUUUAAUACUUGGAACCUGUUGCGUUGCCUGUUAUUAUCACGCCGGAGAAUCCCUAUACGCUCGGUUGGGCCCUCAUCCACGCCGUGGACUGACUAUUCCGCCUGCGCUUCGACGCUGGUUUCCCGGAAGGACAGCAAACGGAGUACCAACCCCUGAACGACUCAGAAGUCGACCCAUAAAGGGGGAUAUUAGGGGUGCGGUAGCAUUUACCGGCCAAAGACGUUUAGAGACUACUAUUUUUCGUAGAGACACGGCACAAAGUGACUCAUUACUGUUCAGUCCAAGGGAUAUACUCAUGGGAAGUUACAUUGGGAAAGCAGAAAGUCCUCCCGCUGUUGUGGGGAGGCCCAGAGCCGAUGGAAGUUUCGAGGCUAACCCAAACGCCCGAGAGCAACUUCGUGAAAGAUUGUCAAGACCUAACCAUGCUGUCUAUACGCCAAACAGAAGGCUGUCAUUCGGAGAACCCCUGAACAACAUGGGCAAGUUCACCAUCACCCCCCAGCGCCACUACCCUCUCCAACAGACGGGCACCUCUUCCCUAGGCAUCCUUCCCCCAGCCCAGUGGGACGGCUUUAGGAAGAAGAACAUUCUCACCCCCCGCAACUCGUCGGCGAUCCACAGCCCAGUCACGGUGAAGAUCGCCAGGCCAGAUCAUCACUCGACCAGGUCCCCUUUUUACGACCACCUGAACUCCCCCGGAGUCCUGGGGUCUCCGGCCCCGGCCGCUCCCGCGGACCCCUGCUCUAGGGAGACCGUGUUGAGCGUGCUGAAAGAGAGCCGCAAGAGAGAGGUCGAGGAGGACGAUGAGAGGAGUUUCGUCGGAGGACAGAAAAGCAAAAGGAGACGCAACGACAGCGGUGGGAGUGCUCAGUCUGCGUUUGAGCCAUUGCUGCCCAACGGGGCUCCAUCCCAGAUGAUCCCUAAGCCGGGGAAUCUGAAACGAGGUAUCGCCGCUGCGACGGCGGAGGACUCCAUCAUGAAGAGGUCCCGGACGUCCUCCAUCAGCUCUGUGAACUGCGGCCAGGCCCCCAGCGGGACCCUGGGCUCGGCCCGCAACCCCAUCCGCAGCUCCUACAGCUCCUCGCAGGGCGUGGCUCAGGGGAAGAAGACCUCCACCCGCAGCCUGUCUCCUCUCUCCAGCCCGGGGUCGUCCCGCUCGCAGACGCCAGAGAGAGCCUCGAAAAAACCCAGGCAGGUUGAUUUACGAACGGGAUGUCCUCUUCUCAUUAGGGAGGACGAGAUCUGCUCUCCCAGCUCAGCAUCCUCAGUCAGAUCGGACAAGACGGCCACAGAUUCAGCCCCAGUCACUGGGAAGUUGACUCCGGCUCCUGAGGCCCCGCCCACGGCGUCGUCCUCCGACUCGGCCGGAAGCGGGAGGAGGAAACGGAAGAUUCAGCUGGUGUCCAGUAGGAGAGGAGACCACAUCUCAUUGCCCCCACCUCCUGAGCUGGGCUACACCAUCACUGUGAAAGACCUGGACCAGGAGAAAAGGGCCGCUCUCAGCCAGAUCCAGAAGGUUCUGGAAGAGCCAGCUCCAGAACCAGAGAAGCCAUCGCCUGCCCCGGCCGUCAGCGCCCUGGCCCAGCUCUCCUCGUCGACCAACACCACUCCCACACUGAGCAGCCUCCUGGCGGCCCCGCUGCCCACAGAGUCAGCCCCGGCGGCCCCGAUCCCCGUCAUCAACCUGGACCCCGCCCCUGUAACCACUGGCAGCACCACACCAGCCACCACAGCGGCCCCCGCUCCCGCCUCCAACCCCCUGCUGGAGUCUCUGAAGAUGAUGAGGGGGAACGCCGCAGCCAGCGCUGCCUCCACCGCUGCCUCAACCACUGCCUCAACCACUGCCUCCGCCUCAGCUGUCUCCGUGGCGACGUCGGGGAUGAUGCCCGCAGACUCCGGUGGCUCCGCCUUGAAGCGGAGCUCCACCAUGACUACCCCCCUCUCCGUGUCGACCCCAGUAUCCCUCUCCCAGCCCACCGCGUUCCCCAUCGGCCAGCCGGCCGGCACCUUGGCCUCCGCCUUCACCCAGGUCCUGGGCCAAGCCACCAAGGCCCCCACCACUAUCCCCACCCUGGGUGGGUCCGCUCUCUUCAGCCUCACCAGCCCACUAGCUUCCACUGCCUCUACAACAGCAUCCACCACCACCCCAGCCGCUACGACAGAAACUGCCGGAAGCACCAAUCCGCUCAUGGCCUCCGUGUUCAAGCCCGUCUUUGGGGCCCCGCCCACCACCGCAGCCCCGCCCACCUCGGCCCCGGGAAGCCAGCCCGCCGCCGCCGCCCCCACCUUCAAGCCCCUCUUUGGAAGUGCCACCUCCAGCAGUGCAUUUGGGCAGUCCCUCUCCAAGACCACCAUGGCGGCCCCCUCCCCGGCCCCGCAGCUGUUCGGCGGGCUUUCCAACAGCACGGCCGGGCUCCCGGCCGCCGAGCCGGCCGCCCAGCCGCCGUUGGCGGCAAAGUCGCUGUUCGGAAACUGGAGCGCGGCGCCCCCGACGACCGCCCCCUCGGCCGUCACGCCCGCCCCCUCCGCGGGGGGGAGCGGCUUCCAGUUUGGCGCGGCGGCGGCUGCCACGGCGGCUCCCGCUCCCAGCUCCACGGCGACCACCUCCGGCGGUAACAGCGCCUUCACGUUUGGCACCAUGACCACGGCCUCCUCCGCUACCAUGCAGCCUGCCCCCCCGGCCCAGGCCAAGCCCCAGGGAGGAUUCACGUUUGGCCAGGCUGCGUCCAGCCAGGGCUCCGCCCCAGGGACCUUUGGCGGUUUCGGCAUGGGCAGCGUCGGCGCAACAACCGCUAGCGCCGCCGCUGCGCCGCCGCCGGCGACUCAGUCCUCCUUUGCGUUCGGGAAGCCGUCGUUCGACACGGCUUCCGCUGCCGCGUUCCCAAGCACGACUCAGGCCCCCGGGGCCACGGGAAAGCCGUUUGCGUUCGGGUCGAGCGCGGCCAGGGCCCCUCCGGCGUCCGCCCCCCCUCCCUUCGCCUUCGGGGGAGGAGCCGCUAGCACGGUGGCCCCUGCCUUCGGGGGAGGAGCCUCUACUACAGCGGCCUCAGCUUUCGGGGGAGGAGCCUCUACUACAGCGGCUUCAGCCUUCGGGGGAGAAGCCGCUACCACAGCGGCCUCAGCUUUCGGGGGAGGAGCCACUAGCACGGCGGCCUCAGCCUUCGGGGGAGGAGCCCCUACCACGGCGGCCUCUACCUUCGGAUCCUCCGCCAAGCCGGCAUUUGGAAGCGGUUCCACCGGCUUUGCAUUCGGCAGCACCACAACCCCCUCGGCCGCCGCCGCCCCACCUGCCUUCGGCUCGGCCACCCAGACUGCCGGCGCGUUGCUCCCUCCCCCCGCCUCCACCUUCACCUUCGGCGGUGGGCUGCUGCAGCACAAUCCAGCCACUCCAGCCCAGCCCGCCAGCGGCGGAUUCAAUUUUGGCGCGGCCAUUUCAGGCAGUCAGUUUGGAAGCCCUAUUCCAAACAACCCCACCACACAGACGCCGGGCUUCAACUUUGGCUCAGCGGCUGCUAAGGACAUGCCUGCCUUCGGGACAUCCACUCCUGCUUUCGGCCAGAGUGCAGCUCCAGGGCCCAUUCCGUUUGGAACCCCAGGAACCCCCGUGCAAGGCUUCAACACACCGUCACCUUUUGGCUCCCCGUCGACCCCCUCCUUCUCCAUCGGAGCAGGCUCCAAGCCCUCGGGGGCGCGGCAGAGGCUGCAGGCCCGGAGACAGCACCCCAGGAAGAAGUAACCUAGAGCAGACACACACGGGGAGGGGAGAGACCACCCUUCGCCCAUCCGUCAUGGCUGUGGACCCACGUCGACAUUCAGAGAAACUGAA